CUGGUUAAAUCGUUAAUUUAUUUUGGCUAAUUACAAUUUUUGAUUGAAAAAUAUGGUAGAAAUUGUGUUCCGUAUAUGUGGGCGGCCCACAUAUACGGAACACAGUUAGUGCAGAAUGUGUACAUGUACCAAAUAUGGUUUGCCGCUCUCAAUAAAUGGCACCCCAGGUACUGUGUACACUUUUUUUUGACAAAAUAAAAAUGAUUACACCCAAAUAAAAGACCGUGCAUAUAUACGUCUGACGUUUAUUUAAAAAAAAAAAAAAAAGUAGUUUCGGUGUAUCGCGUGACAGGAGCCAUGUUUGCAGUUCCACACUUGGGCGCCGUGACAAGAUGGCGUUAAUGUUCCAAAUGGUGUAACAUAGAUGCCUAUUCUUUAAAAUGGCUCAUUUUUGUGAGUAUCCCAACUACAAGACGCUUGAACAAGAAGACACCCAGUUCGUGGAUAUUUGCGGAAAUAAUAGGACCGUACCAGACUUUGGAUGGAGUCAGUAUCCUGUUGGUAUUUUUGUGUAGUCACAAUAAGUGACUGCACAUUGGCUCAUCAGUCGGACCACCAAAAGCAGAACAAUGGUCAAGUACUUUACUAGCAAAAGUGACAUCAACAGCACCUGGGACCAUGUGGUGUCAGCGUUUUGGCAGCGCUAUCCUAACCCGUUCAGCACUCACGUUCUCACGGAGGACGUCGUGUACCGCGAGGUGACCGCGGACCACAGGCUCCUGUCCAGACGCCUGCUUAUGAAGACCAACCGGCUGCCCCGCUGGGCCGAGCGCUUCUUCCCAGCCGGCAUGUCGCGCUCCGUCUACAUUGUCGAGGACUCCAUCGUGGACCCGGUCGGCCGCAGUCUGACCACCUACACCUGGAACCUCAACCACACCACUCUCAUGUCAGUGGAGGAGCGAUGUGUUUUCCGAGACUCAGCCGAGCAGCCCGGCGUCACGCAGCUGAAACGAGAGGCGUGGAUCUCCUCCGGUAUUUACGGCUUCUCCAGACCCAUCCAGGAGUUUGGAUUGGCCCGCUUCAAAAGCAACCAAGUGAAAGCCAUGAAAGGGUUGGAACACGCGCUGUCGAACCUACAAGGACAGACGGCCCAGCGGCUGCUCCGGGGUUCGGUGAAGGAGGCCUCCGACAAGGCCAAAGCAGCCACCAAGAGCCUGGCCUCUACCACGCCGAACACUCAGCAGUACGUCUGACGGACCACGGGACUUCGCUUCGUCAUCGUGCAAGGGCGGGCAUCCACUUUGAAGAGUCUCAGGGGGCCUGGCACACUUUGACCAGAAGCACAUGCCACUGCUGCAACCUUCAUUUCAAAACAUAUCAUAAGCUACUAUUUGUUUUAUCGGUUGUCAUAUUAUUUGUUUCCACUUUGUGAUCUAGUUUUGCCCUCUUUAAUGUCUUAAAAACACAUCUCGAAAGCUUGCAACGACUGCAACUAACCCUGCACGCGAUGUCGUUUACUAAUUGUUUACAUAUGCCUGAAUUCAAAGACACCCCUUCAUGUUUAAUGUCAACUGGAAUAAAACCAGGACUUAGUGUGUGCAUGUAAAGGAAGAAACGCCCUUGCUGAGAGUGGAUGUGCACAGCUAGAGUGCUAUUUAUAGAAGGAACAGUGAAAAAUGAUAUACAGUCACAAUUGUGUCAUGCGACUUGAUUGAGGUAUCUGGAGUAAGUACCUGAAACUACGGAACAUAUCAAUGAUCGCAACGGUGUUUAUCAAGCUAUGAUAAAAGUGGGAUAUCUAAAUUGGGCUUCUCAAGGGGUCUGAAAUUCAAUAAAAUGGUCGAAAUCGAUGUAAAAGGUUUAGAAUGUGUUCGAUUUUUUGAGAGGUAAAUAAGCUCUAAAGGUCUUCAACUUUGUUCUGAAGUGUUUCUUUGACAGAAAAAAUAAACUAUUUUUCCUUGUGAACCAAGAAAUUGAAUAAAAUGUAAAUACAUAUGGACAAA